AUGAAUGAAGUGGAAACCAGUAAUCGCGAUCUUUCCAAUGCAGACAUCCCUACAGAGGACCAGAUAGAGGAAGAAGCCAAUAGCAGGCGGGGGAUCUUCAGAUACUUCAGGGUGGCAAGGGCAGAAUAUACUAAGUUUGCCAUCCUGGGUUUGAUGUUUGGAAUAAUCGGAUUCAUAUACUCAUUCAUGAGGAUCCUGAAGGACAUGUUUGUGAUGGUGAGGCAGGAGCCCACAACAAUAUUGUUCAUCAAGAUCUUCUACAUCCUUCCGGUUUCAAUGGCCCUCGUGUUCCUCAUACAGUACAUGCUGGGAACAAAGACCGUCUCCAGAAUAUUCUCUAUCUUCUGUGGGGGAUUUGCAUCUCUAUUCUUUGUGUGUGGGAUUGUGUUUCUGAUAGAGGAGCAGGUUUCUCCGUCAAAGUUUCUGUUCAGAGACAUGUUCAUUGACGGCAAAAUGUCGACCAGGGGUCUUAAUGUCUUCAAGUCAAUGCUUCUGACGCUAAAUGAGCCUCUUGCAACGAUUGUGUUCAUCUCUGCAGAAAUGUGGGGAAGCCUUGUCCUUUCCUAUCUUUUCCUGAGUUUUCUAAACGAAUCGUGCACAAUCAAGCAGUUCUCUAGGUUUAUUCCUCCACUUAUAAUCAUCACAAACGUAUCUCUGUUUCUUUCUGCGACAGUAGCCGGUGCCUUUUUCAAGCUUCGAGAGAAACUGGCCUUCCAGCAAAACCAGUUUCUUCUUUCAGGUAUCUUCAUCUCCCAGGGCCUCCUAGUGGUCUCGGUAAUCUUCCUCAAGAUAUAUCUCGAAAGAGUGGUAAUGAAGAGGCCUCUGUUCAUCGUUUCGUCGGGAUCAAGAAGGAAAAAGGCAAAGGCCAAUGUGUCUUUCUCCGAGGGCCUCGAGAUAAUGUCCCAGUCAAAGCUGUUGCUUGCAAUGUCUCUCAUCGUACUGUUCUUCAACAUUUCCUACAACAUGAUUGAGUCUACAUUCAAGGUUGGGGUGAAGGUUGCUGCAGAAUACUACAACGAGGAAAAGGGAAAGUACUCUGGGAAGUUCAAUAGGAUCGACCAGUACCUUACCUCUGUCGUAGUCAUAUGCCUCAACCUGUCGCCGUUCUCCAGCUAUGUGGAGACAAGGGGAUUUCUGCUUGUUGGGAUCAUAACACCGGUCGUGACACUCCUAGCCAUCACGCUUUUCUUGGGAUCUGCACUUUACAACACUAGCAUGGAGGAAUCCGGCAUUGGAAUUGUGAACGGCCUGUUUCCAAGCGGAAAGCCUCUGUAUAUGCUUGAAAACUAUUCCGGAAUAAUCUUCAUGUCACUACUGAAGAUCACAAAGUAUUCGGCAUUUGACAUAUGUAAAGAAAAGCUUGGAAUGAGAAUCAAUCCAACAUACAGAGCAAGAUUCAAGAGUGUGUACGAUGGGAUCUUCGGAAAGCUUGGGAAGUCCAUAGGGUCCAUCUAUGGGCUCUUGAUGUUUGAGGCCCUAGAUACUGAAGACCUUAGAAAGGCAACGCCAAUAACUGCAGGUAUCAUCUUCAUCUUUGUUGUGAUGUGGAUAAAGGCCAUAAUCUACCUCUCAAAGUCCUAUGACUCUGCAGUACAGCACAAUAGAGACGUAGACAUUGAUAUGACAGAUAAGGGCAAAAAGAGCUUGGAGGUAUCCGAGCAGCCAAAAGUUGUAGAUUAA